GGGAGCGGGAGGAGGAGCGGCCGCCGCCGCCGCCGCCGCCGCCAUAGAGACUGUAGCCGUGGAGACUGUUACUUACCAACGGGGACCAACACGCAGCAGCCGCCGCCGCCGCCGCGGGAGCCGCUGCCCGAACUCCCGGCCCGAACUCCAGAGCUGAGCAUGCAGAAUUCCGAGGGUGGAUCGGAGUCGCCAGCUUCCGUGGCUCUGCGUCCGUCUCCGUCGGCAGCAGCCCCAGCACCCGGGGCCCAGCCCGUGCCCGCCUCACCGCAGUUCAGUGACAUUAACUGCAUUCUUCACCUGCCACCAUCACCGAUAUCCGUUUCCAUCUGUUCUUACCUCUUCAUGGAAGUUUUCUCAUACCUCAGAAGUUACCCUGUCAUCCUGGAAUACAUUAUGGAUAAGACAAGAAAUAAGCGGGUGUUGGUCCAGGCAGCGGGCUCGGCUCCCAAAGGGGCCCAGAUGCAGCCGAUUUCCCUCCCCAGGGUGCAGCAGGUGCCGCAGCAGGUCCAGCCGGUGCACCACGUCUACCCGGCCCAGGUGCAGUACGUGGAGGGGGGCGACACCGUCUACACCAAUGGAGCCAUACGGACAGCCUACACCUACAAUCCUGAGCCCCAGAUAUACGCCCCAAGCAGCGCCGCGUCCUACUUCGAGGCCCCGGGUGGUGCCCAGGUGACUGUGGCGGCCUCGUCCCCGCCGGCAGUCGCGUCCCACAGCAUGGUGGGCAUCGCCAUGGACGUCGCAGGGACCCCCAUCGUCUCCAGUGCAGGCGCCUAUCUCAUCCACGGGGGGCUGGAGAGCACGAGGCACUCGCUGGCCCACACGUCCAGGUCGUCGCCAGCCACGCUUGAAAUGGCGAUUGAAAACCUCCAAAAAAAUGAAGGGAUUACAUCACACAAAAGCAGUUUACUCAACAGCCACCUCCAGUGGCUGUUGGAUAAUUACGAAACGGCCGAAGGCGUGAGCCUGCCCAGGAGCUCCCUCUACAACCACUACCUUCGACACUGCCAGGAACACAAGCUAGACCCUGUGAACGCUGCCUCCUUUGGGAAACUGAUCCGCUCCGUGUUCAUGGGCCUGAGGACACGACGCCUGGGAACCAGGGGCAACUCCAAGUACCACUACUAUGGGAUCCGCCUGAAGCCAGAGUCCCCGCUGAACCGGCUGCAGGAGGACACGCAGUACAUGGCCAUGCGGCAGCAGCCCAUGCACCAAAAGCCCAGGUACCGGCCGACCCAGAAGACAGACAGCCUCGGGGACAGCAGCUCCAACAGCAGUCUGCACAGCACACCGGAACAGGCCAUGGCCGCCCAGAGCCAGCACCACCAGCAGUACAUAGAUGUCUCCCACGUCUUCCCGGAGUUCCCGGCCCCAGACCUGGGCGGUGUGCUACUGCAGGGGGACCUCACACUGCGCGACGUCAAGGCCCUGCAGCUGGCCUACAGGCGGCACUGCGAGGCCACGUUAGAUGUCGUGAUGAACCUCCAGUUCCACUAUGUGGAGAAGCUCUGGCUUGCUUUCUGGAGCUCCAAAGCCACCGCCAGCGACGGCCCCACCUCCAUAGCUACCAGUGAAGAAGAGCCAGAAGGUGCCAUCAUCCCGAAGGACAAGCUGAUUUCCCUGUGCAAACAGGACCCCAUCCUGAGGUGGAUGCGGAGCUGCGACCACAUCCUGUACCAGGCGCUGGUGGAGACGCUCAUCCCCGACGUGCUGCGGCCCGUGCCCAGCACCUUGACACAGGCCAUCCGUAAUUUUGCCAAGAGCUUAGAAGGCUGGUUGACAAAUGCCAUGAGCGACUUUCCCCAGCAGGUCAUCCAGACCAAGGUCGGCGUGGUCGGUGCCUUUGCCCAGACUCUGCGGAGAUACACGUCGCUCAACCACCUGGCACAGGCGGCCCGGGCGGUGCUGCAGAACACAUCCCAGAUAAACCAGAUGCUUACCGACCUCAACCGCGUGGACUUCGCCAACGUGCAGGAGCAAGCGUCGUGGGUAUGCCAGUGCGAGGAGAGCGUGGUGCAGCGGCUGGAGCAGGACUUCAAGCUGACCUUGCAGCAGCAGAGCUCCCUGGACCAGUGGGCCAGCUGGCUGGACAACGUGGUCACCCAGGUCCUGAAGCAGCACGCCGGCAGCCCCAGCUUUCCCAAGGCCGCGAGGCAGUUUCUGCUGAAGUGGUCCUUCUAUAGUCCAUCUUGGUCUAGGCACUCUGCUGAAACCCAUUCAGGAUCCUACCCCGAUGGCAGGCAGUGGUGGUUGUGCUUGAGGUACCUUGGCCGGGAAUCAAACGGAGGGCCCCUGCAUGGAAGGCCAGAAUUCUACCCCGGAGAGCUCUUCCCAGCCCAGCAGGAAGGGCGACAGUUCUCCACAGAAAGGAAACCAGAACGCAUACAGUAGAAUGUCACUCAGCCUCAGAGAGAAAUGAAGGCCUGACACAUGCCACAACAUGGAUGAACCUCGAAAACAUUAUGUCAAGCCAAAGAAGUCAGACGCAAAAGGACAGAUACUGUUUGAGCUCCCUCCUGGUGACCCCUGUGUGCAGAGUAGAACUGCCCCAUAGGGUUUUCAAGGCUGUGACCUUUCAGAAACAAAUCGCCAGGCCUGUCUUCUGGGGGCCUCUGGCUGGGUUCGAACCACCAGCCUUUCAGCUGAUAGUCAAGUGCUUAACCAUUGGCAUCACCCAGGAUUGCCUUUGAAAUAUCUAGAAUAGGCAAGUGUACAGAGAUCAGUUUGUUUGUGGUUACCAGGACAGGAGGGAGAGGGAAAGGGGGGACUCAUUGCUUAGGGGACACUGAGCUUCUAUUCAGGGUGAUGGAGGAAUCCGGGGACAGAUAAUGGAUGGCUGACCCACAUGAUGAACAUAAUUCAUGUCACUGACUUGUCCAUGUGAAGACUGUUGAAAUGUCACAUACUUUGUUACGUAUAUAGUCACCACGUAUGUUACAUAUACAUCCUGGAUGUCAGAAGUCAUGGGGUUAAAACGGGGCACUGCAGAGACCUCCAUGGACUGACUGGAGAGAUGGUCCCGCCUGCUCAGCACCCGGAAUGCUGGCGGCCGGGCCGUGCCCACCCCUGCUGGUGGGCAGAGCUUGGAGAUCCUGUCUGGUCUGGAGAAAAGGCCUGUAGAUACUAGGAGUGGAAAUCCUGCGGAGAAACGCCAGGUUCCUGCCUCACACAUUUUCGGAAGCUCAGCCCCUCUGCAAACGGACACCUGUCUGAGUUCCUCAAGCUUUCUAGUGCAUGUUACAGGUUGCCUUGUGUCCCUCAAAAGAGCUGUUGAAGUCCUAACCACCGGGACCUGUAAAUGUGACCUUGUUUGGAAACAGGGUCUUUGAAGAUGUUACUAGUUCAGUUAACAGGAGGUCAUACUGGAGGAGGGUGGUUUCUACUCUAACAUUACUGAUUGCGAUGGUCAGUUUUCUGUGUCAGCUUGGCUAGGCUCUGGCUCCCGGUUGUUUGGCCAAAUGCUAGUCUAGAUGCUGUUAUGAAGUAGUAGUUAAGUGUGAUUAAAUCAGUUGGCCUUAAGUAAAGCAGAUGACCUUCCAUAACGUGGGUGGGCCUCACCCCAUCAGUUGAAGGCCUGAGGAACAAAAAGGGAGUUUUCCCAAGGUCGUGUUAUUAUCCAGACUACAAACAGACAUCCACCAGGACUCCUCAACUCUUCACUCUUGUCAUCGUCUUACCUAUAGAAUCUCCAGCCUAUUGCCUGAACUACAGAUUCUAGGCUUGCCAGCACCCACAAUCUUGUGAGCCAGUUCUUUAAAACAGAUAGACGAAUGGACAGACGGAUAGGUAAAUCCUGGUUCUGUUUCUCUAGAGGGCCCUGACUGAGCAUUUUGGAACUGAGAGUGAGUGGUGGUGUGCAGAAAGAGCAGAUGAGACACAGACAUAUACUGGUGGAGGAAACCUUGUGAGGAGCUGUCUACAAGCCAAGGAAUGCCUGGGGUUACCAACAAAGAGGGAUCUCCCCCUAGAGAUGAUGCCCUGAUUUGGACUUGUAGCUUCCAGAACUGUGAGAAUGAGCAAUUUCUGUUUUUAAAAGCCACCCACUUGUGGUAUUUAUGUUAUGGCAGCACUAGAUUCCAGAGUCCAUGCACAGCCUGGCCCUGGGACAUUUCAAAUAAUUCAAUAAACUGGUUUGUUAUCUGCCGUCCUUCCUGACUCAUCUGCACCCAAUUGCUGAAACAUAAGCUGUUUGGGCAGUGCUUAUAUUGUGUCUCUCAUCUUUCCGUGUCUCUUUCUGCUCUUUUUAUUGCUUCAAGAUUGAUUAGACGUAGAUAACCAGGAUAAUGUAAGUUUUGAGAUAGGACAUGCGGAGUUUGGGGCUAUGUGGCACAGGUGUUUGUGGGCCAGAGGUUUUGAUCAAGUGCCGUGUUAUGUAAUUCCUUUGGAUCGAGAGUUGGUAGAAUUUUUCCGUAAAGAGCUGGAUAAUAAAUAUCUUUGGCUUUGCAGGCAGUGUGGUCAGUUGCCACUACUCAUCUCUGUGGCUGAAUCAGGAAAGUAGCUGGAGAUGAUCUGUCAAUGAAUGUUCGUGCCCGUGUGCCAAUAAAAUUUUAUUUAUGGACACAGAAAAUGAAUCUCAUAUCAUGUGCGCAUCUCACGAAAUAGUCUUUUUUUUUUUUUUUUUUAACAAAGUUUGUUAAAAAUGUACAAACUGCAAGCUUUCAGGCUGUACAAAAACAGGCACAGGACUGAAUUUGGCCCCUGGAUUGUAGUUUGCCAAUCCCUGCUGUAGAUGAGAGAGACUUAAACAUCCUGAAAGUCUGUCUUGUGUUCAAACCACAGACUCUGAGGAGUGAAAGGAGGAGGGCUAAGGAACUGGGGCCUUACUGACUGGGGGGAGCCAGCUUCUAGUCUCUGCUCUGACCUGGAGUAUUUAUCCAAGAACGCAGCUCUUAAGGCUGUACUGGAGACACGCACACUGAGGUUUUCAAGUGGCCUCUUGUAAGGGCAAGUGCUCCUGUCGCCCGUGUUCCCUCUGGCGGAGAGGCCCAUCCCCACCCAUCAGUCCCACCUGAGGUCACAGCUGUGACGUUGGCGAUGGGGAGGCCCCUCGUAAGCCAGGAGGGUCUAAGGAGCACCCGAGGAGCACGGAGCCCGAGGGUAGCUGGGUCAGGUUGCCCGUGGCCCCA